AUGGCUCCCCCAUAUCUCGAAGAACCACUCGGCGAUGGCUCGUGGGCCGCCCCAGCCAGGGGACACUCUGAACAUAUAUCGACGCGACCGGAACUAGAACCCAUUGCCAUAAUUGGGUUCGCCUUUACGUUUCCGGGCGGGGUGACUUCUGAGGAGAGUCUAUGGGACAUGUUGAUUAACGGUCGAGUUGAUGAAGCGAAAUACGCGGAGGAUAGGUUCAGCGACAAUGCUUUCAGGUCGAUGCUCGAUCGGGAACCUGGAAAUUUACCGGCCCAGGGAGCGCACUUCCUGAACGAGGAUAUCAGUGCUUUUGAUGCUCCGUUCUUCUCCAUUUCGUCCGCCGAGGCGGCCGGUAUGGAUCCGCAGCAAAGGAAGCUCCUGGAGACGACUUACUGGGCUCUCGAGAAUGCCGGAUUACCCACGGAGUCCAUACGCGGCUCAAAGACGUCAGUCCACGUCGGCUGCUUCACGGGCGACUACAACUUAAUGCAGUGCAAGGAUCCAGAUACUAUGCCGACAUACCACGCUACAGGAAGUUCUGGGGCGAUCCUCGCUAACCGAAUUAGUUGGUUCUUCGACUUGAAAGGACCAAGCGUGACGGUAGAUACGGCAUGCUCGAGCAGUUUAGUGGCUCUCGACCAAGCCUGCCAAGAGCUCCGCCGGAAGCAAACGUCUACGGCUAUCGUCGGCGGUUGCAAUAUAAUCUGCACUCCCGAGUCGUUGACCACCAUUGGCAGGAUGGGGUUCCUGUCCCCGGAUGGCCUUUGCCAUAGCUUCGAUGAACGCGGUAGCGGAUAUGCUCGCAGCGAAGGAUUCGGUGUACUAAUACUCAAAUGUGUUUCGGAUGCGAUCCGUGAUGGAGAUUCGAUCCGAGCCGUACUGCGUGCGACCGCCACGAACCAAGAUGGAAGGACCGUCGCUCUGGCGCAGCCUUGUGCAAAGGCUCAAGAAAGCUUGCUACGCUCCACUUACGAAGCUUUCAAUCUUGACAGAAGCCUAACGAGGUUCGUCGAAGCCCACGGAACAGGGACGGCUGUCGGAGAUCCGAUUGAGGCCAACGCCUUAGGACAGUCGUUUGGGGACGUUUGCGACGAGGCGAGGCCCAUAUUCCUAGGCGCGAGCAAGGCGAACCUGGGGCACUUGGAAGCCGCGAGCGGUAUUGCCGGGAUUAUCAAAACCAUCCUCGUAUUGGAAAAAGGCAUCAUUCCCCCGAUUGCGCAGCUUGAGCGUGUUAAUGGUAGAAUAACCGCGCCGAAUUUGAGAGAUGGCCUCCGGAGAGCGUCCGUUCAGUCAUUUGGGUUUGGUGGCACGAACGCCCAUGCCGUUCUUGAUGACGCAUACCACUUCCUACAAACCCGUGGCGUUGUGGGCAAUCAUCGUGCCGAAUCCAUGUCAUCCGCCACCAACCAGGGAAGCCUCUUAGCGCAAUCCAGUGCGCCAAAGCUCCUCGUGUGGUCGGCUCCAGACAAGGAUAGCUUAAAGAGGGUUAUUAGCUCCUAUGUGGAUUACUUCAGCCGGGAGCUUGCCGACCGAGAGGCCAGCGAGAGAUGGCUCCAUCGUCUGGCACACACUCUAGGCAAGAGGCGAACCUCAUUCCCUUGGAAAUACUUCCAGGUCACCGAUUCUUCGAGCCAGCUACAGAAGCUCGAAGUCAGUUCAAUGAACCUCAGGAUGGCUCUCGACGACCGUAAGCUCGCGCUGGUGUUCACUGGGCAAGGCGCACAAUGGCCAGGCAUGGGCCACGACCUGCAGAAAUACCCCGUUUUCCGUGAGAGCCUGCUCUUGUCAAACAAAUACCUCAAGAGUAUUGGUUGCGAAUGGUCACUGACGAACGCCUUUGAUGGUAACUUGGAUCUGGAUAUUAGUUGCGCGGAGAUUGCAUUGGUGAAUUUGCUGCGAUCGUUCGGUGUGUCAUUUACUUGCGUUAUCGGACACUCGUCAGGAGAAAUAGGCGCAGCAUAUGCGAUCGGGGCGUUGUCUGCACGAGCCGCCAUGAUGCUCGCUUGCUUCCGCGGAAAACUGUCCGACCGUCUGGCAAAGUGCACGACAUAUCGUGGCUCAAUGAUGGCGGUGGGACUCUCCGAAGAUGAAGUGGCUCCGUACCUGCAGUCGCUCAAAGCGGAGAUCCCGACGGCCGACGUCGUUGUUGGUUGCAUCAACAGCCCGCGCAGUAUAACCCUCUCCGGUGAAGGAUCUCAAAUCGCUGCCUUGCGAACGACUCUCCAGAAGGAUGGCGCCUUCGCGCGUAUUCUCAAAGUCCCCGUAGCUUACCACUCUCACCAGAUGAGUGCGAUAGCCUCAGAAUAUGAGUCAUUGAUUAAGGGCAUCGACGAAGGCGACCACCACUCCAAUAGGGCCGUCAUGAUCUCUUCCGUUACCGGAAUGAAAGUCUUGAAGGAGACGCUUCGCAAUCCGCAGUACUGGGUGUCGAACCUCGUAUCACCCGUCCGGUUCUCCGAGGCACUGUCUCACGCAAUAACUCGAAGCCAAGGUGACGUGCAGCUUAGCUCCGAGAUAGAUACAAUGCACAGCAUCCUUGAGAUUGGACCGCAUUCGACUCUGCAGGGUCCAGUGAGAGAGAUACUGCAGAAGGCUGCCCCAGACGCAGGCAUAACGUAUCAUUCGACCUUGAGUCGAAACCAGCCUUCUAUCCCUUGCAUCCUAGGAGCUUUGGGAGAGCUCUUCUGCAAAGGCCAUGUGGUCAACAUCUCGGAAGUCAAUCGCAACUACCACAACGCUAAAAGUCAGCCUUCAGCGAUCCUGGGUCUUCCGCGGUAUCCUUUCGAUCAUUCCAACAAAUAUUGGGCAGAGUCUAGAGUCAGCAAGAAUUUCAGAUUCCGCCCUCAUCCGCCUCAUGACUUGCUAGGCGUUCCAGUACCGGACUGGAACCCAAUGGAACCGAGAUGGCGGAAUAUGUUGCGGAUUGAGAGACUACCCUUCAUCGAGGACCACAAGAUAAACGACUCCAUCGUCUAUCCUGCAGCAGCAAUGAUAGCCGCCGCUCUCGAAGGCGCGCGACAGCUAGUUGAUGGUCGAGAGAUUCGUGCCUAUGAAGUGAGGGAGGCCGCCUUCAUAAAUGCGUUAGUUUUUCCGAACAUCUCGACCGAGAUCGAGGUGGAGCUCCGGUUUAGACAGGUCGUUCAAAAGGAUUCGGCGCAAGUAGACAAGUCCACUUAUGAGUUCCGCUUAUACAGUUAUCAGAACGAAACCUGGACGCACCAUUGCCAAGGUAUAGUUUGUGCGUUGUAUCGGACGGACCGGAAGUCGUACUUUACGCAGAAGGACCCAGUACAGGCAGCGUUGCAACAAGCCGUCGAGGUUUUCAGUGGAAUGGAAACUAGCCAAGCGAGGAAGCUUGAGAAGUCCGCGCUAUAUGAGCAACUCCUCCGACGGUUCGGAUAUCAGUAUGGAGCAACAUUCCAGGGACUACACAGCGUGUUCUCUGAUGGCCAGAGUAAGGCCACCGCACGCAUCCUGCCACUGUCUGAACAGGACAAGGAUCGAGCUCGAAUUCGGCAGCCUCACAUCAUUCAUCCCGCGAUCCUUGAUGCUGUUCUCCAACUGGCGCUGGUGGCAGCUGCUAAGGGUGGGAACAAUCCGAUUCCGACUAUAGUGCCACAGCGGGUACAGCGGCUCUGGGUUUCCACUGCUGGGCUCCGCUUUCUAGACGACGACAACAUCUGUGUCAUCGCAGAAUCCGCUAUGAGGAGCAGACGGAAAAUGGAGGCGUCGGCGUCUGCAUUUUGCCCCGGAAGUAACGAAUUACUGGUCGAAAUCGAUGGCUUCGAAGGAACUUCCGUCUCAAAAGUCGCGACCAAUGCAUCCAUGCCAGAGGAAGCGGUUGGACACCUUUGCUUCCGAAUGGAAUGGCAUCCAGAUGUCGACUGCAUGAGCCGUGAGCAGAUAAUGGCUCACUGCUGGAGCAGCAUAACGCCUGAAACACAAGAGAAGGACCUGAUCGACUUCGAGCGCGAGGUUACGGUACUAAUCUUCCACUCUCUCAUCCAAGCCCAGCAGAGGCUGGCUUCCGAACCAAUCACAUUUACGAGACCGUACUUCGAUAAAUACGUGCGGUGGAUGAAGUCGCAAAUCCAAGCUUUCGAAUCGGGGCAGUAUCCUGAAGUUCGGGCCCGAUACUUAUCUCUGGAGAAGAACCCGAACGAGAUGAGCAGGGUGCGACGGCUGGCGGAUACCAACGGCAUGUGGCGCUUCUACGGUGCCGUCGCCGAUAACCUCUUCAACAUGCUGAGCGGAAAGUUGGACCCUUUACAGCUGCUCUUUGGUGACGACUAUGCGACAGACUUCUACAAUGAGAGCAAUCGCUAUUCGCGAUGCGGACAUGCGCUUGCAAACUAUCUUGAAUUGCUUGCCCAUAAAAACCCGGGAAUGCGGGUCCUUGAGGUGGGCGCUGGCACUGGAUCCACGACGAGAAUGGCGUUGCAAGCCCUGAAGACCCAGGAGGAUGAGGAGUUGCCGGAAAGUGCUCGCCUCUGUAGAUGCUCUCGGUACGACUUCACAGAUAUCUCGCCUUCGCUGGUCGGCGCCGCGCAAGAGGAAUUCGGACCCGCCCAUCCCAGAAUGGGAUUCAGUCGUUUGGAUGUCGAGUGGAAUCCGGGAGAUCAAGGCUUCGAACUCGGAUCCUACGAUGUGAUCAUCGCCGCGAGUGUUUUGCAUGCUACGGCGGAUAUUUCCGAAACGCUUAGGAAUGUAAGGGCGUUGCUCAGACCAGGAGGGAAAUUGCUCCUGUUCGAGAACGUAAGACCCGACCACGUUCGCAUGGGAUCCGCUUUUGGCUUGCUCCCCGGAUGGUGGCUGGGUGUUGAGGAUUCUCGGCAAAACUCCCCAUGCCUCAGCGAAGAUCGGUGGAAUGUAGCUUUAAGGAGCAAUGGCUUCUCCGGUGUCGACGUCGAAUUUCGAGAUUUCGCAUCUGAGGAGUGCCACGAGACCAGCGUUAUCGUCUCCACUGCCGUGGAUCGCUCACUGGUGCAUGACCUUGCAAGGAAUGGGACUAGCUGGCCUCUGAUCAUAGCCAACGUGCACGAUGCGACGGAAAUGGCACUCGCAGAAAGAGUGCGGCUUUCGUUGCAGACCAAUCUUGGUCUUCCAUGCAUUAUGGGUUCUUUGGAAGUCACAGCGGCAAGCCCAGCACAUGCCGGAAGAGACUGCAUCCUUUUGAGCAUAAAGCAUGCCUCCAAGUCCCUCAUGGAGGCCGAGGGGUCCUUCCUCGCUGUUCGAUCUCUGGUCAAGUCCUGCUCUAGUAUCCUCUGGGUGACAGAUGGAGGUGGAAAACAACCUCUGAGCCCAGACCAUGGGAUUGUUCAAGGACUAUCCCGCACCGUCCGGAGAGAGAAGAAUGACCUUCGCUUCACUACCCUUGCAUUGGAGUCUCCGGAGGUUCGCUUUUACCAGCAUGCGGACAUGGUUAUUCAAGUGUAUCGACAAAUGGCGGAAGCAAAAGAUGUCACGUCGUAUGAGCCCGAGUUUGUAGAGAUUAACGGGGUCCUCCACACGAACCGAAUAUUAGAAGCGCCCAACCUCAAUGCCAGCGUCUCCCGCUCGAUGUCGGGCUAUGACAAUCGGCCCCGCAAGUUUGGGCACAGCGUCCCCUUGAGGUUAUCGACAGGGUCCGAUACCGGCCUCCAUUCUUUGCGCUUCGAGGACGACACGGAUGUUGCUCUUCCACUUGAAGAGGACGAGAUCGAAAUCCAGGUGAAAGCAGUAGGCUGCAAUUUUAUGGACGGCCUUUCGGCUCUCGGACGGGUCGAUGUGGACUUCAUAGGUCUCGAAGUGACAGGAACAGUCAGCAAGACGGGCUCCAGAGCCUGCGCACUACAAGUGGGUGAUGAAGUCAUUGCAUUUAGUCUGGACGCAUACAGAACGUACGUCCGAACGAAAGCGUGUCUGGCCAUGCCCUUACCACCGAGCCUCUCAUUCGUACAGGGAGCCUCGAUUCCGAUAAACUUCGCAACGGCGUACCGAGCUCUCUUUGGUAUUGCGAGGCUGCAGAGGGGAGAAUCGGUCCUGAUUCAUUCCGCAGCAGGUGGCACGGGUCAGGCUGCAUUACAGCUUGCGGGGCAUGCCGGCGCGAAGGUUUUCGCUACAGUGGGAUCCGACCAGAAAAAGCAGUUUCUAGUCGAUUACUAUGGUCUCCAAGCUGACCACAUUUUCUCAAGCAGGGACAACUCCUUCGUAGGCGCUAUCCGUAAGGCCACUGCGGAAAUAGGCGUCGAUGUGAUGUUGAACUCACUUUCUGGCGAGCUUCUGCACGCUAGCUGGGAGUGUAUAGCUCCAUACGGACGGUUCGUCGAAAUAGGAAAGAACGACAUCCGGCAAAGGUCGCGCAUCGACAUGGCUCCCUUUGCUAGGAACACAACAUUCGCGUCCGUGGACCUAGCUGCAAUGAUUCGACAAUGCCCAGAAACGGCGGGGAGGCUGCUGCAUAACGUGGCCGACAUGGUCGUCAAAGAGCAUGUCCGGACAUUGGAGACGACAACCUAUAGUGUCAACCGGAUCGAGGACGCACUGAGGUUUCUUCUGAGUGGGAGGUCGCAAGGAAAAGUCGUCAUUAAAGUCGAGGAAGGGGCCAUAGUCCAGGCAACAACGCGUCUUGGGCGGGGCAGCCUCUUUGCUCAGGACGCUACCUACGUCAUUGCGGGAGGUCUUGGUGGCCUAGGGCGUAGUAUCGCUCGGUGGAUGGCGACAAGGGGCGCACGAAAUCUGCUUCUGCUAUCUCGCUCCGGGAUUGAGCAGCCGAAGGCGUCCAAGUUCAUCCACGAUAUGAGAUCACAAGGAGUUCAGAUUGAGUGCCCACGAUGCGAUGUCAGUGACGCAAGGGCGUUGAGUGUUGUUCUGGAGUCCAGGAGUCUGCACAUGCCGCCCAUCCGAGGAUGUAUCCAGGCAUCUAUGGUUCUCAAGGACUCUGUUUUCGAAAACAUGACCUGUGCGGAUUUUAAUGCGCCGCUCGCUACCAAGGUCAAAGGAUCCUGGAACUUGCAUUCCCUUCUUCCCUCUGAUCUGGACUUCUUCCUCAUGCUGUCCUCGGUGGCAGGAAUAUUUGGAAGUGGAGGACAAGCGAAUUACGCCGCUGGGAAUACCUACCAGGACGCACUGGCUCGAUAUCGGGUUCGAUCAGGACAGAAAGCCGUCUCCCUCGAUCUUGGAACAAUGCUUUCGGAAGGCUAUCUAGCCAACGCCCCGGAAACGAUGGAUCGUCUGGCAAAGACGGACGGAUUGCAGCCAAUCAGCCAAGAGGCUUUGUUCGCGCUUCUGGAACACUAUUGCGAUCCCUCGGCGGAUUCAGGACAUCAGCUCAUCCUGGGGCUUGGAAUACCAGCGGACCUGGGUGCAAAGGGUAUUCAACAACCAUGGUGGUCUGAGCAGCCGUUGUUUCGCGCCUUGCACCAAAUACCGGGAGACGAGCACGCCGAAGCGCCGGCCGAAUCCAAGGAUGAGAAGGCCAUCGAAAUAGGCCAUGCAUUCCGCAGCGUAAAGGACGUGGAGCAGCUCAGGAGCCUCGCCGUCGAAGCGCUUAUCAAGCGCUUGAAUCGUAUAAUGCCGGGAACGGUUGGUGGGGAGCGCGAGGAAAGAAGCACAAAGCUCAAAGCACCACUUCAUAGCCUGGGUAUCGAUUCUCUCGUGGCUGUGGAGCUUCGAAAUUGGUUCUCCAAGGAUAUGGGCGCGGAUAUCGCUACCUUCGAGAUCCUGGGCGGUAUGGGACUGGAGAAACUGGCUGCCGCACUCGUCGCGCGUAGCACACUGGUUCUGAGGAAUUAGACGGGAGAAUGUGACGAGACUGGGGGUGCCUGACAAGCGCCGUCUGAUAGAAGGAAA